UGUGCUGUGUCCCUCGGACACAGCGGAUCACCGAUCCACGGAAAGAGCCGAAGAUGUUGGCUCGUUCAUGUGAUCAGCUGUGUCCAAUCGCAGCUGAUCACAUGGGACAUCUACACUGAUCAUCAGAGCACUGAUGAUCAGUGUGCCCUGAUGAUCAGUGUAGCCCUAGCAGUACCACCUGUCAGUGUCCAUCAGUGCCAGUGCCCCCAGUGCCGCAUCAAUGCCACAUAUCAGUGCCUACCAGUGCACAUCAAUGCCACAUAUCAGUGCCCAUCUGAGCUGCCUUUCAGUGCCGCCUAUCGGUGCCAUCAGUGCCAUGUAUCAGUGCUGCCUUUCAGCGCCCAUCAGUGAUGCCUGUCAAUGCCCAUCAGUGCCACCUAUCAGUGUCCAUCAGUGCAGCCUAUCAGUGCCCAUCACUGCAGCCUCAUUAGCGCACAUCAGUGAAGGAGAAAAAUCACUUAUUUACAAAAUUUUAUAACAAAAACUAAGAAAAACAUUUUUUUUUUCAAAAUGUUCAGUGGUUUUUGGUUUGUUUA